AUGGUUAAUGAUACUCAUGGUGAUUGUAGACAGGCGAAGAGGAGACAUACAGGAGUUCUAGCAAGGCGGAAAGUAAUUACUAUUUUCAAUCAUCUUUUAUCAAUUAUCAUGCUGAUCAUAUGUUUUCAUAUAAAAUUUUGUUAAUUAGAAACUUUAUAUACCACGAUAUUUGAAGUCUCGGACUUACAAAAUUAAUAAUUUCCCUUAGAAAUAGAAGUAAUCUCAGUUUAGCUGAUUUCAGCCGUGCUUCAAGGUCUGUGACACCAUAAGCAUGGCAAGCGUAAGGACAUUGGUAAAAUGGGGGGAGGGGGCAACACUCACGAGGCAUUACCACGGUUGGCGCAGGGGGGGAUAUAAAAUUUGAAGCGACGAAAGAGACUUAUUCUUGGGUUUUACUACGCCAUUAUGCAGUGAAUCUGAGUGGGGGUCAACCUCAACUGUAUUGAUGCUUAUGCUGUACUGGAGUGAGAAAAUGAUACGAAAUUGCACGUAUUUGUUAGCAAACACAAGGCCAACACAUACAGUGAACAUUUAAUUCGUUCCGAUCACUGUGUCUCGAUUUAGUGUUGACCCCCACUGAAAUCUAUGACGUCAUAUGAAACCCAAGAAUUUGUUCUAUUUAGUCAUUUUUCAGUUGGCUUUUCAGGUCUUUAUAGUGAUGGGAUAUGAUACAUGUAUUAAAUGCUAUGUUAUGGUGAUAUAUAUUAUGAUGGGUUAUGAUAAGCAUUAACCUAUGGAGGGGGCGUGAAAGAUAUUUACCACCUCUCCCGAUUUAAUAUGCCCCCACCUGCACAAAAUUUUCUUCCAAAAAAUUUCGCAUUUAAAACUCGAACUACUUGAUAAAUAAUAAGUUGCGACCAGUCAAUCACUUACAAAUAACAUUAUCCUUUCGUCUUAUCAAGGAUGUUCAAGAGUUGAUUUCAAAAUCCAAAUUACCACCUAAUAACGAAAUCGUGAACGAAGACAACACGAUCGCUACUGAACAUCCGCAGGAAUCAGAGAUUGUAAAUGCUGAUUGUAGCAACUUCAAGAGUACAAGUUGCCAAACCAUUGCACUCGAAUAUUUUGGUAAGAAUAAGACCACUCAAACAAAGAAGUCUAUGUUGUCAACGACAGCAACAAAAGGUACACAGACACUCCUUACCGUGAAUUUAUUGUCUAAAUUACUCGUAUUUCCCGAAACGAAUUCUACUGGUUCUCAAACUGACUCAUCUGAGAAUAUUAUUGAAGAGCACAUUGUUGACUCAUCCAAAACAAAUGAAUGCGGAACAAGUGAAAAUGUUGUUAAACAAUAUGUUGAUUCUUCAAAAACACGUGAAUCUUGCAAAGCAGACGCAAACGUUGAAAUCUCCGGACCACCACCAGAAGAACUGUGCGAAUCCGAUUGUAAUGAAAGUUGUGACGGGAGUUAUUGUACGGAAUUCGAUCAUUUGGCAAGUGAAGAAAGUCAAUCUGACCAGGAGGCAAGCACUGAAGAAAUAUCAAAGCAAAGUAAAGACCGCGUUCUCUUGUCCCGCGAAAAGUCUAUUGAGAAUCAGCUAAAAUUUAUCAUUUGCGAAGAGUCGAUAGCACAUAUCUUUGGGAUUUGCCAAAAAUGUGGAAGCAGCUGCUCAGUUUCAAUAGGAAACAGGAUUGGAAGUUACUGCAUGAUCUAUAUAUCGUGUUCAACAAACCAAAACCAUGAUAUUUCUUGGUCAACUGGCCCUCUUAUGAAUCGGCUUCCUGCUAUGAACUUGCUCAUAACUUCAACAAUUUUAAGCACAGGGAUGGAGUCGAAUAAAACGUUAAGGUUCAUGGAAUCGUUAAACAUUCUCUGUAUUAAAAGAAGGGAAAUGUCAAACCUUCAAAGUACAUAUGCAAUACCAGCAAUAUUUAACAUGUGGAGAUUAGAGCAAUAAAGUUUGAUCAAUGGAAUCAGAGACAAACCAGUUAUUAUAGCUUCUGACAUGCGUGUGGACAGCCCUGGACACAGUGGUCUUCUUGGUUCUGGUAGCACACUUGACGUAGAGCAAAACGUUAUUUUAGAUACUCAAGUUAUAAAGGUAAUUGGAGGGUUCAGAUACAAUGUUUAAUUGUGCUAUCGCACUAUGCACGUGAUUAAUUCGGUUAAAGAUAACGAUAUAGCAAUCAUAGCAAUGAUAUUAUUACUAAUUACACAAAUGAUGAUAUAGCAAUUUAUCAAAUCAAUUAAAUUUCAGAGUACUGAAGUUAAAAACUCCAAUGGAAUGGAAUUAGAGUCCCUGAAGAGGCAACUUUCGUACCUUGAGAAUGCAAACGUAGAAGUUAAAAAACUUGUGACAGACAGACACGUGCAAGUAUCUGCGUAUAUGGCAAGUGAAAAGUCAAGUAUAGAGCACAAUUACGAUGUGUGGCAUGUUGCAAAGGGUAAGAAGCCUAGUUGUCAAGUAUUUAUAAUACGUAAAUCGUGAAGAUCCAUGGUAAAUAUUUAAGAAUACAACAUUCUUAGUAAGAAUAACUAUAUUAUUUGUGUAAUAUAGGUGUGAAGAAAAAGCUUUUGAAAGCCUCAAAGACAAAGAAAUUUAAAGAAAUAAAGCUGUGGAUUGGGGUAGGCAAAAUAAGAUCAGCAUAA